AUGGAAGCCGCCGACGCACCCCAGCUCAAGAAACGAAGGAUGUCUGAAUCUGAGAGCGCCCAGAACGGGUCCUCUGCUGCAAUUCCUGCUCCCAACCUGCUUGUCAAACGGCUUUCGGACAAAGCCAGGCUACCGACACGCGGCUCUGCACUCUCUGCUGGGUAUGAUCUCUACAGUGCGGAACAGAAGAUCAUUCCUGCGCAUGGAAAAGCUUUGGUGGACACCCAGCUCUCCAUUGCUGUGCCGCCUGGCACUUAUGGACGCGUUGCACCGCGUAGCGGGCUUGCUUCCAAAUUCAUGAUCGAUACUGGUGCUGGGGUCAUUGAUGCGGACUACCGUGGCACCGUCUUCGUUCUCCUCUUCAACCUUUCGGAUAAAGACUUUGAAGUGAACGAGGGCGACCGAAUUGCGCAAUUGAUCAUUGAACGAAUCUAUACACCUGAGGUCCAGGAAGUCGAUGAUCUCGAAGAGACUGUCCGCGGGGCAGGCGGCUUCGGUUCCACUGGUGGACACGCCCUCCUAGUCAACCCUCCAACUGCAUAAAUCCUGCUUUAGAGCGCUGUGUCUCUCGUGUAUCUAGACCCUUGCUGUAAGCUGUGCACCCAAAUGUACAAUUAAUUCAUCUACAA